AUGUCCAACCUUAAAGGACUAGCCCACCUGAGAAUGUCACUUGAUGACAUCAAAUCAGCCACCAACGACUUUGCUGAUAACCGUAUCCUUGGCCGUGGAGGAUUCGGUGUAGUGUACGCGGGUCAACUCCCAACCACCCAUCGCUCCGCCUGUGAGCCAGGUACCCCCGUCGCUGUAAAGAGGUUAAACGUGAAUAGCCAUCAAGGAGAUAAAGAGUUCUUAAAGGAGAUCUUGAUGCUUGAUAGCUGCAAACAUAAGAAUCUUGUUUAUCUAAUUGGGUUCGUUAGCGAAGAUACGGAGAGAAUUCUUGUUUACAAGAAGGAGGAUAAUGGAAGCCUGGACAAACAUCUAGGCUCCACAGACCUCACUUGGGAGCAACGUCUUCGAAUAUGUCUUGGUGCGGCUCGUGGACUCGAGUAUCUUCACAGCAGUGUGGGAACUGAGCACCGCGUGCUACACUGUGACCUAAAAAGUUCUAACGUCUUGUUAGACGCUAACUUUGAAGCUAAGAUUUCAGAUUUUGGAUUAUCUAAAAUAGGUCCAAAAAAUAUGCCACAUACCUUUUUAGCCACGGUGCCUUGUGGCACGCUCGGUUAUGUGGAUCCAGAGUAUGCAAUAUCCGGAGUGCUAACAAAAGAAUCUGACGUGUAUUCUUUUGGCGUUGUAUUGUUUGAAGUCCUUUGUGGGAGGCUUGCAACGGUUGUGAAAUCUAAAGACGAGUAUGAGUUUCUCUCUAGAUUAGUGAAAAAAUAUUACGCGGAGGGAAAGUUAGACGAUAUCAUCUUCCCCGGUCUAGUCGAGCAAAUGAAGCCCGGCUCGCGAGAAUUAUUCUCCAACAUUGCUUUCAGAUGCCUGAAUCAAGAUCGAAAACUGCGACCAACAAUGAGAACCGUAGUCAAAGAACUAGAAAGUGCCUUAGAACAUCAACUUAUUAAUCUUGACGACGAUGAAGAGAUAAUCGGGUUAUCUGGAAGUAUCGGCGUAUAUAAUGGUCAUGAAUUAGUAACAUCUUUGUGUUUUACGACAAACAAAAGGAAGUAUGGUCCUUUCAAUCCUGAGGCUGAUAAUCGUUUUUCAGGAUCAUGGGACGCGGGUUUGUUUGAUGGGUUUUAUGGCCGUCACGGUUCAUACAUUGAUGCCGUGGGUUGUUGUUUAAAGGCUGCUGCCAGGCCUAAAGCACAAAGCUAG